AUGCAACUGUUUGCUGUAUUGUCACCUGGGGCGGAACUCCGGUCAGCGCACUUGGACGCAUCGACGCUUAACCGCCUCCGCCCCAACACCGACAGCUCUUGGUGCUCGCCACCCUCCCCCUCUCACCCUUCGUUCGGUCCACGCCCCGAAAGCUUUGCGUCGCCUUUGAUGGGCUUGCAGGAUCCGCCGCUUGCAGACGCACACGAGCUCCCAACCUCCUCCUCCUCCAGCUCCCAGUCCGUCGGCGUCGCUUCCUCCGAAUCUUCCAUAGAUACCUCACAGCAGCAGUCCGCAGCGUCAUCGUCACCGCCUUCGCCCUCCACCACGCCGACAGGCUCAGAAAAGCGAGUCGGAACAGCCAUUUCGGACGCAGCUUCGUCUUCGCUGGACGCAGCGUCUGCUUCCCAUCCGGCCGGCACCAUCCCGAGCUCGUCGUCUGAACCGGCAUCGACGACCGACACCGCCUCACAAUUCGCUGCCUUCCCGAAUGUAGGCAGUUUAGCUAGCUCGAUUCCACCAUCCUCGCUUCGCCAGCGCAAGAUUUUGACUCUAAAGCAGACGUCCGAAGCGGCCGACGAUCAGACACAGGCGCUUGCUGAACAGGCCCAGUCACCGACCAGCAUGUUCGGCAGCACACCCACAGCUUCCUACCUGCCCAUCAACUCGCGGCAGGUGGGCAGCUCCACCUCGUCCCACCUCAUCUCCUGGAUCGCAAAGCACAAGAUGUUCGUCAUCUUUGUGCUCGUCGCGCUCAUCGUCUCGGUACAGGUGCUGCUCGUCGGACCCUUCGUCAUGGACAUGGACCCGGUCAAAAAGUUCAAGGCAGAAGGCUGGCCCGCAUGGCAACCGCCCAAAUGGCUGCGCCCAAAGCCCGAAUCGCCCGACUCGUGGUAUCCCUCUUCUACCGCAAAUGUGUCCGACACGCUCGCCCUCGACACAGCAGCCGAGCUCGGUCCAGACUCCUUUCCUCCUCGCCUCAGCGAGGUCAGCUACAUCGGCACGCCGCCAACCCAGGCCUCGCUCUACAAGGACACCAACCCGCAUCGCGGCGAGCUGCCCGCCUAUCUGGAAAGCCUCCUAGAUCGUGAUCCCGUGCUCCAGCCGCCUCCCUGGCCACACAAGGCCCCCUCCAUCACCCCGGAGAUCUGGACAACACGCGUCUGGAACGAUCAAUCCAAGACCGACGCUGCCGAUGCAAACCAUCCCGACAAGCAGCCACAAGAACCCGACUGGCGCAAAGCCCCGUGGGACGGCUGGAAGCCUCCCGUCCAGGAACUGUCCACCGCUCCCAAGGCGCUUCCCAAGGCGCUUCCCAAGGUGCAGCAUGCCUUUGAGGAUGCCACGCGUCAUUCGGGGCGCCGCAACGACCCAGCCCGAGACGAACUCGUCGCACGUCGUCAGAAGCUCGUGCGCAAUGCCUUCAUCCACGCCUGGGAGGGCUACAAGAAGCAUGCAUGGGGCCACGACGAGCUCCGUCCUGUCUCCAAGAGCGCACAGGACCCCUUCAAUGGAUGGGGUGCCAGUAUCGUCGACGCACUCGACACGCUGCUCGUCAUGGGUCUCCCCAAGGAGUACGACCUGGCAAGGCAGCACGUGCGCGAUAUCGACUUCCGCCUCGUUGGUGGCGAUCGCAGCGCAUACGGCAACGCCGACGGUCGCAUUCCCGUCUUCGAGACCGCCAUCCGCUACCUCGGCGGCUUUGUCUCAGCAUACGACUUGAGCGGUGACGUGCUCAUGCGCGAUCGCGCAGAGGAGCUCGCACAGCUCAUUCUCCCUGCCUUCGACACGAUCACUGGCGUGCCUGCAGGGCGCAUCCGCAUGAUGGAGACGCCCGAACAUCCCUCCAGAAAGCCUCUCGACCAGUCGGGCAGCGUCAUCCUCGCCGAAGCAGGCAGUCUGCUCCUCGAGUUUACGCGGCUCUGGCAGGUCACCGGCAACCGCACCUAUUUUGACCGUGUUCAGCGCACCACCGACUGGCUCGAUCGCAACAUGACCGCCGCCGGUCGCAUCGAGACUCUCUUUCCCAACAUGAUCUACCCGGAGCGCAACAUCUCGUACGGCACCAUCUCGUUUGGCGGCAUGGCCGACUCGUACUACGAGUACCUCAUCAAGGAGCAUCAGCUGCUCGGCGGACGCCUCGAACAGUACAGCCGCAUGUACUCGGAUGCCAUCGAAGGAGCAAAGAAGCUGCUCAUCUCCCGCAUCGACACGGUGCCGGGCGUGAGCCUCAUGACCAUCGGCGAGCUCUCUGGCUCCCGGUAUACCGCCAAGCUCGAGCAUCUGGCCUGCUUCAGCGGCGGUAUGCUUGGUCUUGGCUCGCGCAUUAUGACGGAGCGCGCCGACGACAUCGAUCUAGCCAAGGGCAUCACGGGGACGUGCUGGUGGUCCUACAACAGUUCGACCACCGGCAUUGGUCCCGAGAACCUCAUCUUCUACACCAACGACGACGAUGACCGCUUCGAGCUCAUCAGCCUUCCCGAUGGUACGUCGCGACGAGGCAAGCCGCGCGGCAAUCCGAUCGUCGGCGUGCGCAGCGUCCACACGAGCUACCUCAACCGACCCGAGACGAUCGAGUCGGUGUUCUACAUGUGGCGCAUCACGGGCGACGCGGUGUGGCAAGAGCGCGGAUGGCAGAUGUUUGCCUCGUGGGUAACGCACUGCAUGACCGACGCCGGCUUCAGCGCCAUCUACGACGUCAACCGCUCGCCCGCCGACUGGUCCGACAGCAUGGAGAGCUUUACGUUCGCCGAGACGUUCAAGUACUACUACCUGCUCUUUUCGCCGCCCGAGCUCAUCUCGCUUGACGAGUAUGUCUUUACGACAGAGGCGCAUCCUCUGCUCGUGCCUAAGGAGGGCCAGUGGGCAAGGGCCGGGCAGGGCAGCAAGCGCUUCUGGGAGCCUAGUGCGCCGGAGGAAUCGCACCUGCCAUCGCCGACGUCGGGGAUCUACUCGGGCGGUGAGCGUGGCCAGGUGGGCGGGCUGACCAACAACCAGAAGCAGAUGCUCUGGACGCAGUGGCAGACCAAGAACUCGGCGCUCAAGAUCCGCGACCUCAUCAAUGGCCUGGGCGGCGAGGCGCUCAAGAACAAGCUGCGCAGUCUGGUGGACCGAGCGGAUCGAGCGACGUCGAGUGGCGAUGACGCGCAGUCUGCCACUCUGUCUGGCGAUGCCGAGUCUGUCGGUUCUAGAGAUCCAGACCACGCCGAGGAAUACAGCGCAGACCGGCUGCUUGCUUCGGUCGCGGGGACGUCGGUCUACGCCGCGCACGAUGGGACGCUCGAGGUCGAGUUUGAAGAGGGCACGGACGCUGCGACGCAGGAAGCGGUGAUGAAGCACCUCGAGUCGCACUACGAUGCGAUGGAUGCGGACUCGGCUGCAUCGUUGCUGCGCUCGAUUGAUGCGGUUCAAGAGGCGGAUGCUGAGGCAGAGCGCAAGGCCGAGAUGGAGGCGUAUAAUCUCGCUCGCCUCCGGUCCAAGGGGGUUCGCUAG